ACUGUUCUAGUUCAGUGCAUAAUUGCUCAUUUGGCGAAGUUAUUCAGGGUGACUGAAUAUUAUAAUAGAUAAAUACGUGUUAAAUGUUAAUUUAAUUAGCAGGCCCUGCUAAGUAACUUGAAGCCUUAUAUUUAAGAAAGUAAAUGAGUAAGUGAAGUUAAAGUAUUUUUACAUUGUUUUCAACUAAAUUCUUUGGUUAGGCCUAUGCCUAUGCCAUAGUACUGUAUGCCUGAGCCUGAAUUUUUGCUUAGGCUUAGACUUUGACUUAGUAAUAAAUAGGACUUGUCAGUUAUCAAAACUAGCCUAAUAAACGCCAAUUGGUUCUCAUUUUUAUGUUGUCACUAUCUUGUGAUUCUAAGUACAAAUAGUGAGGUAGUAAGUGGACUUAGACUUAGAGUCAGUUCAGUAAUUUAUUUUGGUCAUUGUGAUAAUGUGAUUAUUGCUGUCAAGGUUAAAUCAUAUAUUUUGGCUUUGUAAAUUCAAUACAAAUGAAAUAGCCUAGGCCUAAAGGAAAUUGAAUAUUAUAUUUUAUACAAAUUUAAUUUGUUAGGUUUAUAAUAAUUAAUAAUAUAAAUAUUUUUGUAGUCUACUACUUCAGCGUAGGCGUAAGUCUUAUCAAUUAAAUCAUAACAGUUUAAAUAUCACUUCAAACCAGAACAACAUGAUUUUUUAAUAACUAAAUGCUUAAAUGGUAGAUUACCAAUAUUUUUUUUAAAGAAUCAUUUAAAUUUGAUUAUUUCUAAUUCUAACUAUUACUAUUAGUAUUAGAUUCUAAUUGUUAUUGAAAUACUUGUUCAUAAGCAGUACCAGUGCUAGGGCUAGCCUAUUUUUCUGUUCUUAUCCAAAAACUAAAAAAAAAAAACAUUUAAAUUUAAAAUAAUUAAAAAUUAAAUGAUUUAAUUUAAGCAUAUUGUUCUAAACCCAAAAAAGGGCACCAUGCCAUUGUGAUCUGGCUGUGGUCUAUUCGGAGACCUGUGACUCGUGACUAUACCGCCUUUGUUGUGUACUUAAAGUCUUAUUGAUAAAUAGUAGGCCCAUGCCCAUCCAUACUGACCCCUACAAUCUAUAACUUUGCAUAAUUUAUAUAAUAAUGAAUAAGCUAAGCUGAGCCCAAAGCCUCAUGAUUAUAAUGUUAUUUUCAUUUAAAACCAAGUGUCUGUUUUUCAUCUCGACUGUUUAAAUUCUCAGGUUGUGUUUUACAUCACCUUCUUUUUUAUUGUUUUGUUUUUAAUCUUAAAAAGAUUUCUUUUGGAAUGAAAUUAUUAGGCCUAUACAUUUAGGUACAUGUGCAAAAUUUUCAAAAUGUAAUUAUAGCUUAAAGUUAAAGAGCUAGUUGGUUAGACAGGGUCUGAAAAAUGCAGUUGAUUGAUGCCAUAUUUAUUUGUGGUUGUAGAUCAAUUCUCAAGAAAGUUAUGAUUUUGUGUGUGAAUUAUUUUGGGAUAACUCUGUUAAUUUAGACAUGCUGAAAAAUAUAAAAACUGGCAGAGGUUUGAGAUGGAUGUUAAAAAGAGCAGUAAAUUGAAGUUGUUUAAGGAGUUAAUGAAGAUAACCAUUACAAACUAUAUAUAUCCAUGAUCAUCAUAACAUUCUCCUAGACAAAGUAUAAUAAAAUCUGCCUUACUUAUGACCAUGAUGAGCUCAUUAAUAUUCAAAAUUUCAGUCCAAGUUCCUUACAUCUUAUUUGAACAUGAACACAGCAUGAACAAUAAUCUCAUCAACAAAAAAUCAUUAGGGCAUUCAUAAAAGUAAUUUGCAUUUUACUAGCUAAAUAAAACAAUUGUUAGUCCUAGUAUUAAAAAUUACUUGUGCUACUUGAACAACUAUUGCCUACAAAUUUGCAAAUAUGAUUAAUAUCAUGAAUUCAUUUGAGAGACCUUUAAAUAUUUGUGUGUGUGUGAAGUAUUUCAAAAUAACAAUUCAUCUACAGAUCAAACAAAUUUUAAAUAUUUUAUAAAAAUAAAAGGAUUUUUUCUUCAUAUUACCUAGUGCCAGAUAGCCUUGACCAAACUCCUAAAUAAGCCAAUUAUAUAGUAGUGGCAGUUCACUGUUAAAAAAAAGAAAUACAAUAAAAUAUAUAUUUAUAUGACUUCUUUGUUAAAAAUAUUUACUUCAAAUAAGUUAAAAUAGUGCUUUUAACAUUGUUUAGUAAUCAGAAUACAUAAUAUUUAAAAAUGACUUCUACCAUAUUAAAAAUGGUAUCCAUGGAGGAUACACCAUUGUGGUGACCAUACACCAUUGUUUUUGAAAAAUUUAAUGAAACUGUUGGGGUCGUUUGGAUGGAAUUUUUAUUUGCUCAUUCUUGUAGAUAGUUUGACUCUACACAGUAUUGCUCAGCAUAAAAUACUCUUUAAAAUAAUAUAUCACACAACCUAUUAAACGAAGAAAUGACAGUGAACUGCAUUUUUCCCAUCGCAUAUCCAAUGUUUACAUUUUGAAUUGGACCAAAGGUUAACAAGGGGCACGAAACUCUGCAAUGAUUUGACACUAGCAGAAAACGGAUGUUAUUUUGUUAAACUAUACAGAAAGAAGAAAAAAAGAUCGAAAAAAUUAUAAUUUAAAAAUGUUUCAUACUGCGCUAUAUGAGACCACUGUAAUGUAAUGAUAAUAAUAUUAAUAAUACUAAAACAUAAGUUUUGUCUACGUUCACUUCAAAUCCUUAGGCUUCAUAGAGUGCUCAUCUACACAUCUGCAUAAUGCGUUUUAAGAAAUGUGAAAUUAUCUACAUUUUAGUUAAUUUUAGCACAUCUUUGAUAGAAAGUCUUUUUUGAACGUUUUAUUUUUACCUUUUAAAAAAAAAAAUAAUUGGUUCACUUGUUUAUUGGAAGCUUCCAACUGGAGUAAUAUAAUCAAUUUUUAAAAAGAUGAUAAAAUACAAUUCUUACUGAACUGAUGUCUGCCUUACGUAGAAUAAGGCCUAUUUUAUACAACAGUACAAAUAGCAACUGCUUUAAUUUUAGAAAAUAUAAGGCCUAACAUGUUUGAUAUAGCCAUGCACUGAGUAAAACUACUAGUAUUAGAAAUAAUUACUAAAAAGCUAUUCAUUGUGAGUGAUAAUAGAUAUUUCAUAGAAAUUAAAAGAACACUAAUUACUGAAACUAGUUUUUUUUUCUAAGAUUAUUACACAAACCGAUUUGUAAUUAUGGUUUACUACUCAAAGUAAGGUAGACAUUAUAAUAAUUAAUAAUACUACCAUAAUAGCUACCAAGAUUUGCUUCUGAACCUCUGUCAGAUCCUAUGAUUAGAUGGCCUCCAGAUCCAAACAUUAGGCCAAAGGUCAUUUUUAAAGGGCCAAUAUGAUUUUAGCUUUGUUUUGAUUUUGACCUGCUAUCAUGUAUCUUGCUGUCUUUACCGCUUCCUGUGACAGCCCACUGAGAACUGCUGAUUUAAUCUUCUGAACCCUGGUUCAAAAUCCGGAGUUGAUAAUCAGGAUGGGGGAAAAGGAUUAGUUUGAUUAUUUAUGUCUUUCUGAAAUAAUAGUUUUUUUAAAUCAUUUUAAACUAAGGUUGACUGCUGCUAAGCUCAAUUAUUAUUUAUUAAAAAUUUUAUGGAAAAAAUUAAAUUUAAGUGUAGUACUGGCAUCUCUCUUGCAUACUUCAGUCAAAAAUGAACUGUAGUAGUUUUCUCUCUGCCUUUGUAGUUAACAAACAAGGAUAGGAAGCAAUAAGUAAAAAGUCUGCACCAGCCUUGAAUAAGUUGCAAGAGUUGAAACACAAUAAUGCCGCCAGUGCUGGGUGGAGCCGACAAGUGCCCAAGGUGCAACAAAAAUGUUUAUUUUGCUGAAGAAGUUCGUGCUUUGGGUAGGAAAUACCACAAGCAAUGCCUCAAGUGCUGUAAGUAAAGUUACUGUUACUCAGUUAGUAUACAUAUCAUUUAUAAUUUAUAACUAACCUCUUUGUUAGCACUUGUUAAUGAUAAUAGUCCAAAUGUUGGUCCCAUGCUAAAAAAAAAAGUAGAGUAGAGUAGUCCCAAACUAAUUGGGACUGUUGGUGUUUCGGCUAGCCAAACAUUGCCACAGAAAGGUCUCACCAAAAAAAAUUAGUGCAAUGAAAAAAAAAUAUUCUUACUUUAUAGCUAUACAUGCAUCUUCCCUUAUUGCAGCAUUUCUUAACUUUUUUUUUUUUUUUUGCUUGAGGUCUACUUUAACCAUUUAUUUUGCUUCGCAUCCCAUUCCCUGUUAUUAAUUUUGUUUUAUAAAAAUACUUUUUUUUUACAAAGUCUUUUUUUCAAAGAUUUUUUUUUUUAUUUUUUUUUUUUUUUUUUGCUUGAGGUCUACUUUAACCAUUUAUUUUGCUUCGCAUCCCAUUCCCUGUUAUUAAUAUUGUUUUAUAAAAAUACUUUUUGUUUACAAAGUCUUUUUUUCAAAGAUUUUGUGGGCCCCCAAAUGUUGUACCCCCUUCCCACAAUGAGGCCUAUGGCCCAAGUUGAAAAAGGCUACUUUAUUCUACAAUGAAUAACCAUACAGCACAAGCUUUAACGGUCGGAUCAUUGAUGUCAAAAACUGAAGGGAUUAUUAUUUUUUUCAGCUGAAAGUUGGUUGCUAAAGAUUCAUUAUUGGUACAUAAAAUAAAAUGUGUGGUUAAAUUUUCAUUCUUAUCCUGUAUUCUACUAUGUAUAUUAAUAUAAAGUUUUUCAUUCGCAUUAUUUCAGUCUGAUCACUUAAUGUACAGUACAGUAUGUACAGUAUUGUGUGACAGGGGUUGGAAUUGUUUUCUUGUGUUGGUACACAAAUGUUCCAUUACAUGCGCAUUGCUUGCAAAAAUAAUUAUAAAAGACAGGAGCUGUUCAUAACAUCGACACUCUACUAUAUCUAUAAUUUGAAGUCAUAUUUAGAAAGAAAAAUAGCUCUUCUUAUUACGCCUGGCAGCUUAUUUCCUGUAGACUUAAGGUUAGUUAUCCCAUGCUAUGUUGUCAGACCCAUAUUGAGGGUUGAAGUUUUUUACUCAGGGUUUACAGAAAAGUAGUCUAGACUUAGCUAACAAGUCCAUUUCUCAUAUAAAUUUUUUAGUAUGUUAACAAUCACUUGAUUGACAUGUUUGCGCUUUUCAUUUUAGCUCAAUGUGGAAAGUUUCUAGACAGCACCAACUGUAAUGAUCAUGAGGAUCAGAUUUUUUGUAACACUUGCUAUAGGAGGAGUUUUGGACCCAACAGCUCAGCACCAGCAGCUUCUGCUGAAAUUGAGUAAGCUGUUUGCUAGGCCUAGUACUUGUAUUUUUAAUUGUUUCCAUAUUGAUGACUGUUACGGAUAUCGUAGUUCUUUACAACAUUUUAUUAGACAGUUGUGAGAAAAUAAUGUAAAUUACAUUUAAUGUACACAGAUUUUCACAAUUAUUCCCCCCUCCUUAGUGUAACAAAAGCGCCUCCUGGCUCUGACAUUUGCCAUCGCUGUGGGAAAGUUGUUUACAUGGCUGAGAGAUGUACAGGUGGGGCCAAGGUGUGUUAUUUCUUGAAUUGUUCUCAAUGUUAAAAUUUUUUAUUAGAUUCCAUGCUUGAAAUUUGAAGCAUCAAAAAGAACACCUAAAAAUACACUGCUUUAGUUAAUUCUGUUGCUCAUAGGGCAGAUCUUAAUCUGAUGUUUUAAGGGGAGUUCAGUUUUUAAAAGUCUCCAAAUUGUAAACAGCAGGAAGUCCUCUUGCUAAUUUAUUUCAUUACUGUAAUUAAUUUUUAUAUAUUUCAGUACUUUCAUAAGCUGUGUUUCCGUUGUAAUGCUUGUGGUGUGAGUCUUGACUCUAACCGCCUCUCUGUCAGGGACGAGGAGAUCUAUUGCAGAUGUGAGAAGUGCCUUUUUAUAUAGAUUAGAUAUUUCCAACGUAGUUUUCAUUAAAUUUUGAAAUACUUUUUGUCGGAGAUAUGAAGAUUCAAGAGUUGGUUUCAUCAGAGCCUAAAGUUUUUUAAUUGUCACAUAGCACUGUAAAUAGGCUUAAGAUCCUCCUAUAGAGAAAAUAAUUAUUUUCAAAAAAUUAAUCCAAAUCAUUUCUCAUUCUCUAAGGCCUCUUUAUUAAUUUAUUGUUUAUAAUUUGAAUGGAAUCAAAUAGCCAAUGUGGAUGAUUUUAAAUUGUCUUAGGAUCUGUAAAUGUUGUUUAUGCCAAAGACAUUUUGUAAAUAAUGAAAUUUAUUUUGUUGCCAAUCCCUAAAUAAAAAAAAAAAAUUUAAAAAAUGGGUUCUGAUAUUUUUUUUAAAAUCCAUAAGAGCAAUUUAUUAUAUUUUUUGUUUCUUUAUUUUAAUGCAUUGAUCUAAUCUUACAGCAUGCUAUGGUAAGAACUUUGGCCCAAAAGGUUAUGGAUUUGCAGGUGGUGCGUCAGGUCUAUCCAUGGAUAAUGGAAAGUUGGAUGAGUUGCCGACAAGGUUUGUAUUAAUUUAUUGUUAUUUUAUUUGUAUAUUAUAAAUGGGAAAAAAUAUUUAUGAAUUUUAAAUAUUUAAUCUUGCCAAAAAAGUAUUAAAUCCAAAAUAAUGGAUCGUUUCCAUUCUUAACAUCUGAAAAAGAGGGGGUUAGCAUUAAAUUUGUUCCAAUUCAACGUGAACUGGAAAUGUUCCACUCAAUCAUCAUGCUCAAUGCUAAUCUCAAUUAUUUUUUUUAUUAUUAAUUGUUUUAUUCAUUUUUUUUAAAAAACACUUCUUGCCUAGAAAGUACACGAUUAUUUCUAUAUCUUAUUGUUAGUUUCCCAUUUAUGAUGAAACCAGUAUUAAGGUAAUAAUUGUUAAUCAAUAUUUUUAACCUCAGUGUGCACUAUUUUCAUCAAUUCUGUCAAUAUUAAAUUGACCUUCAUCAAUUUUCAGACACAUACCUGCUCUAGCACAGGCACACACUGCUCCUCUCUUGACUGAAGGGGGGGAAUUGCCAGAAGGUGACUGGACUGAUGACAGAGACCGGUGCAACCGUUGUAGAAAAGUGGUUUACUUUGCAGAGAGGGUCUCUGGCAUUGGAAAGGUAAAACUAAAUGGUGGAGUGAACUGGGUAAAAAAAAUAUAUGAAUCAUGCAGGAAAAGUUGUUUGAUACUUCAGAAGAUCAAAUGAAAAAAAGCAAGAAUAAAAGCAUGUUACCAGAAACCUGCAGAUAACUCUACACAGUGUUUAAAAACUUAAUUUAGUAUUGAAUAUAAUUUAAGGCUAUCUGAAUACCAAAAUCUAUUUGGAAAAAUUGAUCAUCAAACCAGCCCAUGUGUUUGUUGAUAUGGGAAGAUGAAUGAGGCCAUAUAAGAUGGUGAGUACGUAGGUGGCUCGCCCUAAUAAUUGGUGCCAAGAACACUUGCCAGUGUAUAGGAUAUACGUGUCACAGGGUCCUAGAUUUAUGGGAGGCUAUUCAGCUUUCUUUGGGCGGUAGUUUUAACUCUCAGAAGAUUGUGCUCCCAACAGUGAGUUCUUAUACAAGUUUAAAGCUGGAAAAUGCUAAUAAAACUUAAAAUACCAAAGCAUUUCUCAUUAAUAGGUCAAAUGAAACAAGCCAUCUGUCCAUCCCAUUUUCAGGUUUUCCACAAAGUUUGCUUUAAAUGUACCAACUGCAACAAAGGUCUGGACUCGACAACAGUGACAGAGCAUGCGGGCCAAAUCUAUUGUAAAGGUGAUAUUGUCAGUCCAAAAGUCAAUGCUCACGAAUUUUAGGACGCAUUUGAUGUAUUUUGUGAACUAAGUACGUUAGAAAUAAAUAAUAUGGUUUCUCUCCUCUAAAGAAAUAUGACAGUUGAAAGUUUUCACCCUCAGUCUUUAUUUUAUGAUAGAAUAUUGUUUUGAAAAUGUAUCUGUUAAAUUAUUUAUUCGUAAUGGAAGAGUGAGAAAUAUUUGAAGAUUAUGAUUUACAUGCACACAAUGAUAAAUGACUUUGUCUCAAAUAUCCAGCUUGCUAUGGUAAAAGCUUUGGACCUAAGGGAUAUGGAUUCGCUGGUGGAGCAUCUGGAUUAUCCAUGGAUACUGGAAAACCAGAUGAAAUACCAACGAGGUGAGAGAAUAAACAAGCUUAUUUAUUUAAUUCAUUCCUUAGGGACCCUUACAGCUUAUAGUAGGGGUGGGCAAACUAUGGGCCGCAUGUGGUUGACAACUCAUAUUAUGCGGCCUUCAAAGGCAUUUAGAAAUUUAAAAAGUUAUUAAGUUAUUUUGUUGAAUUUUACAGAAUUUCAUGUACCGUUAAGAUUGUUUUAGCAUUUUUUAUUGACCUUCUUUCUAAUUUUCUAUAUUCUUAAACAGUACUUGACUUUUGUCAUGAAAUGCGAAUUUACAGAUUUUAAUUUAGAGAAAUGUUUAUUGACUUGUAAAAAUUGGACAUAAUAUACAUGUGGCCCCCCAAUAGCUUUACAUUUGUCAAUCUGGCCUUCCGCACAAAAAGUUUUCCCACCCCUGGCUUAUAGGAUAGUUUUUCAGACCAACUGAGAAAUAAAAUUAUAUAUUUUGUUUAAUAUUAAGAAAUGUAGAGUAUUUAAAAGUCAUAGUCCCUACAUAAAAUACAUUAAGACAAAAUUAUUACGCCUCUCUAUUAGGGGUGUGCCGGACCCCGGUCCGGAAUCCGGUUCCGCCGGAUUUUGCACUAUCCGGUGAAAUCCGGUUCCGCCGGAUUUACAUGUAUCCGGAACAACCGGAAUCCGGAAUAUACCGGAUUUCGGAAUUUGCCAGAUUUUGUGACUCACCGGAUCAUAAUCUGAAAUAAAAGUAAUUCUCUUUCCCGAAUUUCACACGAUCACGAUACAUUAAUCGAUUGUUUCGAGCGUUGAGCUUGUUUAAUGUUUAAUAUUCCGUACAUACCAGAGGCUAGAGUCAGCACCGCUAAUAGUGGCUAAUAGUGUAUGGACUUUGAUAAGAAAAUGUAAACUUUUUGUAAAAAUAAACCAAUGGCAUAGUUGAAAAGAUGUAAUUUUUUAAAGAAUUAUAACACCAAAAUCAUAUUUUUAGCUGUUGUAGUUUUAAAGUUAUGAAUUUUUAAAGUACGACUUGGUUUGUCAUUUUUUAACAUGGACUGCAUCUCCACAUUCUGUGAUCUCAUUCCACCAAUCCCGUCAUGCGCAAUGACUAUAUAGUUUAUAUAAGGCAACGCAUUCCCUGCCUUAUCACUAAAAUACUGUUUAGACUUAGUUUAAACUUUCAACUUUGGCACAUGAAUAAUUAAUUAAAGCUUUCCCUGACCAAUGGUUUAAUAGUUUUUGCACACGGCAAACUCUUAUGAAUGAAACUCUGAGGUAGUACUACGAUACAGUUAUGCAAGUGGCUGUGAAUGGUUGCCAAUGACAACGUGUUGCACACGGUAAAUUCUGAUCAUUUAUAAUAUGGAUUCUACCGGGUUGUUAAAGCUCAAAUUAAAACAUUCCAGUUUAAAUGUCUUUAAAUGCAUUCUGAAACACAAGUUAUCAAUUAUUUUGAUGUAAAUAGUGAUAAUAAAUUAAUAUUUCCUAAGUAUCGUCAACUUCCGCCAUUAAAAAGGGGGGCGUGGCCAACCCCAUGGCGAAAUUAGGUUGAGCGAGCUGCAUGACCUGCUGCGAACGCGUAGAAACAUGGCGUCUCUCGUAAGACACUUAUCCAAAUGGAACGGAACUCAAAUAUAUAUCGAAAGUACUAAUUUAAUAAUAAAUAGACACACACAUCGGAAAAUUAAAAACUCGGAUUUUUUGGCGCCGAUUGCGAAUUCCCAUACACAAAAAGUAGUAGUCCACCUUGACUUACCGAAGUAUCUACCAAUAGUACCAAAAUCCGGAAUCCGGGAGAAACCGGUAUCCGGAUCCGGCGGAUUUCGCAUAAGAAAAUCCGGAUCCGGUUGGAAAAAACGGAUCCGGCACACCCCUACUCUCUAUCCACGACAGUUAAUAAAUUUUAUAAAUAUUGUUCCCCAUCUAUCCUUUGAAAUAUACAUGGUAUAAUUUUGUUCUGCCCACCUAUCCAUUGCAAUACAUUGUAUCAUUGUUCCUGCUCAGCCACAUCCCAGCCCUGGCUCAAGCUCACACUGCCCCACUGAUGAGUGAAGGAGGGGAGGACAGGGAAGGAUUAACUGGUGACAAAGAAAGCUGUAAUCGUUGCAGGAAGGCUGUCUUUUUUGCUGAGAGAGUCACAGGGAUUGGAAAGGUAACAGUAUACUUGUAUAUCCGUAUGGAUCUUGUAUGAAGUUAUGAGCAGGUUUUUAGUGACUUCUCAUCCUUUGCAAGUGAGAAAGAAGUCGUUUGGAAUAGUGUUGAUAUUGUUCUAUUUUUUAAAGUGUUAAGCUCAGGAGGGAAGAGUUUCUGGGGCCAUCCAUAUAUGAUUGCUAUGGUACAUUAAAAACAAUUUUCUAAGUCACUCAUUCAUGAUAUGGACAUUUUUUUGUAUUGGGUAGAUGUCUUUGUUUCAUGAAAAAAAUUGUGUUCCAUAAGUGUAGACAAAGUGGUCCCAAUUUCAUGAACAAUAUAUCAUCUCUAAACUAUAUUUGGUAUAGAAAAAUACAUCUGCUACCUCACUGUCGGAUAUUUAUUUAUUUAGGAAUUUUUAUAUAGCUCUUACCUUAAAGCUCUAAGCGCUUUACAAUUAUUAAAAACAUGUAAACUAACUAAAAUAAAAAUGAGACAUUAGGAUAGUAACUACUAUACUAUAGAAACAAUUAAAAUAUAUAGCCUGGUAAUUUUCUAUAAAGUCAAUAUAGUCUUGGUCAUCUUCAAUAUGGAUUGGUCAUCUUCACUACAGCUUUGUCAUCUUCAAUAAAGGCUUAAUGUCUUCAAUAUAGCCUUGGUCAUUUUUCAAAUAGCCUUAGUCAUCUUCACUUGGGAAGGAAGAACAGCAACAAAACUAACUACCCAUGUUGACAUUUUUUUUUUUUUUUUGAAUCUUAAAAUUUUUAUCUCACUUUGUGUCACUUAUAGUGGCAAUUUUUUUGGAGGGUUAAAUUAUGACGAAUGCAUAGACCUGUGAAAGGCAAUAUGUUUUCAUUUUAGCCAUACAUCCUUUUGAAUCUUAAAGCUAUUCUAUAAACUUAUAAAGGAAGUGAAAAUGUGUGCUGUAAUGAUUGUAUGAUCACAAUUAAAUAAUUAUAAUGGAGAAGUGUGUUCUAACUGCUGCUUAACUCUCAAAUAUUCUUGGUUUUCUGUCAUUUUUUCUCUCACAUUGUGUACCUUACAAUUUGGCUAGUUGUUCAAUGAAGAAAGAGCUCAGCAGUUCUAUAUAUAAUUGGAUUCAGAAUUGAAUUAUCCAUCAUAUGAUACCACAUUGUAGAUCAAAGAUAAUUAUUGUUUUUAUGUAGGGCCAAAAGAAUAAACUCUUAUAAAGUACUAAAUUUUAACAAUAUCAACCCACUAAUGAGUAGAUGCAAAAAAAUAAUUUUGAGGCCUAAGUUAAAUUCCUUGUUAUUUCUGUCAAUGGUAUUCAUUUGUACAGUACAUGUGAAAUUUUUUUAAAGCAAUUUGACCAGCAUUUGUAGUAGUUCUGCAACUUUUAAAAAUGUAUCCUUAAAAAUAAAAACUAGUGAAUUUUAGAAUUGUUAUCAUUCAUUUAAUCUGAUACUGCAAUGUUAACAAGGCUUAGACAAUGAAUUCUUACCUCAACAUUUUCAGGUUUUUCAUAAAGUUUGUUUCAAAUGUACCAACUGCAAUAAAGGCCUGGACUCAACCACUGUGACAGAGCAUGCUGGAGAUGUCUACUGCAAAGGUUUGCUAGGCUCUAGAAUUUAAAAUGAAAUCUCUUAAGUAAGGAUGUUAAAUGCUAAAUCAUCAAUAAUCAGAUUUCUGGUUAUCACAGUUUUGAAACUGGUUGCUGAUAUUUACAAAAUGAUAGUGUUAACAAGAUUUUUUUUUUAAUAUCUAUUUUUGAUCUGGAGAGUCUUCUUUAAACUUCAAGUGUGUUUGUUGCAGUAUUCUUUAAUUAUAAUGUUGCAUUAAAGUUUGGAAACUAAUAUUAAUAUUCCACGUUUUUUUUUUUUUUUUUUUUUAUCUUGUUACACCAGAAACUUUGGACCCAAAGGAUUUGGUUUUGUCUAUUUUUGAUCUGGAGAGUCUUCUUUAAACUUCAAGUGUGUUUGUUGCAGUAUUCUUUAAUUAUAAUGUUGCAUUAAAGUUUGGAAACUAAUAUUAAUAUUCCACGUUUUUUUUUUUUUUCUUUUCUAGCUUGUUACACCAGAAACUUUGGACCCAAAGGAUUUGGUUUUGGAAUCUCCAUGGUUACUGAACAAGCUUAAGACAGCUGUAAAUAAAUUUAAGACAAGGAAGGAGAAUAAAAUCAGCAAGUGCAGAAUAGCUAAGAAAUGCAUAACCUUUGCCAAGUAACAGGACUCUGUAAAACAUCUUGGGCCAUAAAAAAGUCAAUGUAACAAACCAUUAUCUUGCAUUCCUAAUUAUUCCAAUAACAGGACCAAUGGAUUUGUCUUUCAACCAAUACAGAUCCAUGUUUUCUACACUUUUUACAUUUUUCUUUCCCAUAGCAGUCACUCACCCAUGUGUUUUAUUUAUUUUUCUCACUUAUUGGGUAAAUUUAUAAUCUGGCUGGUUGCUCAACGAAGGACACGGCAGUAAGAACGUGUUAUAUAUAUAAUUGUAUUCAGAAUUGAAUAAUCUAUCAUAUGAUACCAAAUAUUUGAACACUCAAGUUUGUUCUAAAGGUUGUGUCUCACUGUAAUUACUGUAAAGAAACUUUUAAUUCAGUUCUGUUCUUCACAGUUAAAGAUGUUACUUUUUCAUUGUCAUGUUUUUAUUACAUUUUCUUGUACAAAAAGAACUUAAUUUAUUGAUUUCCAAC